UGGUGACAUUCCGGGAACAGUCGAUCCCCAUGAGGGGAGGAACCCUCCUCAGGACUUUGGUCAGCGCUGGGGCUGGAUCAAUUGAACACAGAGCACAUGAAAUUCUCCUCUGUUUCCGAGGAAAAACCAGGGCUGCUGGCCCCACCUGCCCAGCCCCUCACGACGAUGUCCCCGGGAGCCUGGCUGCGCUGGGCCUCACUCCUGCUCCUGCUGAGGCUCACCCAGCCUUGCCCCGUGGGCUGCGACUGCUUCGGCAGGGAGGUCUUCUGCUCAGACGAGCAGCUGACCGACAUCCCCCUGGACAUCCCCCCGCAUGUCACGGACAUUGUCUUUGUGGAGACUGUCUUCACCACCGUGGGGACCAGGGCUUUCAGUGGUAGCCCCAACCUGACCAAGGUGGUCUUCCUCAACACUCAGGUCCGUCACCUGGAGCCCGACGCCUUUGGGGGACUGCCCAGGCUGCAGGACCUGGAGGUCACGGGCAGCCCCAUCUCCUACCUCAGCGCCCACAUCUUUUCUAACCUGAGCUCGCUGGGGAAGCUCACCCUGGACUUUGACAGGCUGGCGGGUCUGCCUGAGGACCUCUUCUGCCACAUGGACACCCUGGAGUCCCUCCAGCUUCAGGGAAACCAACUCCGGACCUUGCCCGGGAGACUAUUCCAGUCUCUGAGGUAUCUGAGAACCCUCAACCUGGCUCAGAACCUCCUGACACAGCUGCCUAACGGGGUGUUCCAGUCACUCACCGACCUGCAGAUGUUGAAGCUGAGUGACAAUAUGCUUGCCAGACUCCCCGAGGGAGCACUGGGCAGUCUGAGCAGCCUGCAGGAGCUCUUCCUGGACGGCAACGCCAUCACAGAGCUGUCCCCACAGCUGUUCUCACAGCUGUUCAGCCUGGAAAAGCUGUGGCUGCAGCACAAUGCCAUCUGCCACCUGCCGGUCUCUAUCUUCUCCUCCCUGCACAAUCUGACCUUUCUAAACCUGAAGGACAACGCACUGCGGACUCUGCCUGAGGGUCUCUUCGCCCACAACCCAGGCCUGCUUCACCUGUCCCUUUCCUACAACCAGCUGGAGACCAUCCCGGAGGAGACCUUCACCAACCUGUCGAGUCUUGUUUCCCUCACGCUCUCACACAAUGCCAUCGCCGACCUUCCCGAGCGUGUUUUCAGGAACCUCGAGCAGUUGGUUAAACUCUCUCUGGACAGCAAUAACUUGACGGCCCUGCACCCGGCUCUCUUUCACAACCUGUCCAGCCUUCAGCUCCUCGACUUGUCCAGGAACCAGCUGACCACGCUCCCUGGGGGCAUCUUUGACACCAACUAUGACCUCUUCAACCUGGCCCUGCUUGGCAACCCCUGGCAGUGUGACUGCCAUCUGUCCUACCUCACCAGCUGGCUCCGUCUUUACAACAACCAGAUCUUUAACACCCAUACUUUCUGUGCGGGCCCCGCAUACCUCAAGGGCCAGUUGGUGCCAAACUUGAAGCAGGAGCAGCUGAUAUGCCCGGUCAACCCAGGCCACCUGGGCUUCAGGGCCCCGGGGCUAGAUGACGGGAAGCCAGCGGGCAGUUGGGAUCUGGCCGUGGAAGGGAGGGUAGCUCGAAGCCAGUGUGCCUACAGCAACCCCGAGGGCACUGUGCUGCUUGCCUGUGAGGAGGGCCGGUGUCGAUGGCUGAACAUCCAGCUGUCUUCCCGGGAGGGCUCAGACUCCCCAGCAAUGGCCUACAAUUCCAGUCAGGAGUGGGGGCUGAGGUCAAGCUGUGGUUCCCUCAGGGUCACUGUGUCUAUUGAGGCUCCGGCUGCCGGCCCUUAGGUGCAGCGGAUUCGGAAGCCUCGGGGCAGAGGGGACAGAAUGUCUGAAGCUAAUACAAGGGACAUGGCCACAGCUCCAGGGUAGGGAGGAAAGAGGCCUGCUUCACCUAGGGUCUCCUCAACUUCUGUCACCAUGCUUUCUUGGAGCCUAUGGCCUAACAAGGCCACUCUCAGAUCUUCCAAAGUACCCAUGGGAGCCACUGUGCUAGCACACACAGUAUUUCCAAUGCUGUGACCCUUUAAUACAGCUCCUCGUGCUGUGGUGAGCCCCCAAACAAUACCAUUAUUUCAUUGCUACUUUUAUAACUGUAAUUUUGCUACUAUUUGAAUGAUAAUGUAAGGUUUUUUUUUUUUUGGAGAUAGAGGUUUGGCAAAGGGGUCAUGACCUACAGGUGGAGAACCACUGGCCUAGAGAUUAUACGACCCCCUCCCUAUCACGGCACAGUGUUUUCCUGUUAUUAAGCCCCACCCCGCUCCCUGCUCUGAGUUCCAGCUUUGAGGUGUGUUCACCUCUACUGUACUUACACAAAGUCGAGGCCGUGUCCCUUUAAUAGAUCAAAAGACCAAUAGUCUGUUCUGAUCUCUUGGCCCCAAUUUUGUAUUCAAUGGCUAGAGAAAGGAAAAGGGUGUCCGAGCUGCUGAGGUGACUGGAAAAGGGCAGGGUGGGGGCUGUGUGGGGAAGGGAGAUUGUCCUGGCUGCCUCUCAAGCUGUGUCCAGGAGAAACCAAGGCAAAGCUGGACUGUGUGGCUCUCAGGAGGGCAGAGUGGCAAUGCCUCUUCAGCACACAAGAUGUCUGUUCCCUGAG